AUGGAGAAAAGAUUUGCUGGUGGCAUCUGUCCCCUGGCUGUUUUGGAUUCAGCGAUCUGUUGGUGGAUAUUUAGCGCUUUGGUCAACACGACCCGAACUCUACGAUUACGUAGAAAUGAAGUCAAGUUGAAUCUCUAUAGGCACUUUACUAACACACUCAUAUUCUCCGUGGCUGCUUCUGUCAUAUUUAUGCUAUACUCCAUCAAAACGCAUCGUGUUGUCACGUGUCUGAUGAUCUGGAAAGACCUCUGGUUGGAAGAAGCUUAUUGGCAUAUUCUAUUCUCCGCACUUCUACUAGUUAUCAUGGUGUUGUGGAGACCUACAAAUAAUAAUCAACGCUAUGCAUUUGUUCCUCUGCUCGAAACGGGCGACGAUGAAGAAGAGGAACAUCUUGUGAAUGAUUCCUACGGGGUGAAAGUGCGAAUUCAUCAUCAGAAGUCCACACCACCGAAGCAGUCGUCCUCGGUGGAGGAUGAUCUUAAAUGGCUAGAGGAGAACGUCACCAUUGAGCCGCCCUUGCCGGUGCUGGACUCCGACGAGGAACUAGUCAACACGCGUUUUGAAGUUUCCAAAAUGCAGUGAAUGGAAAUACAAAUGACGCCAACAUGUAUUAUAAGCCAAAUGAAUGUAUUAAAUUUUUAUCCUAUCUCUAGCGAAUGUGCGAACGUUCCAAGAGUACUUAAAUGUGACCAGGACACUGCUUUCGAAUUAAUACCAGUAGAUGUUGAUAUCAUAGAUGUGUUGUGUGAAAUCGUGUCUUUAUUGAACUUUGUGACUGAAGAUAUUCAUAUUCAAAAUUAGUCGUAAGCGUAUGUUCUUUGAUUACACGCGACCAGAUCUAUUACCAUUAUAGAUUGGCAAGUGAGAGUGAGAAGAGAAUUCUAGUUAGAGUUAAAACAUUGGAAAGUUGAUAAUAAUAUUUGGAUUUUUCUGUUAAAACAGGCCAUACGAUGCACAAAUUAUAUGAUUGUCAUUUUAAGUGUACUAUUUUGUAAAUAAGAUCUUAGGAUAAAGCAAAAGUAGUUUUAAUUUAAGUUCAUUUAGAGAAGUUAAGUUGUUUUAGUUUCUUUAAUAUAUUGGUUAAUACUAAUCUA